GUAGUCAUGUACUCAAAAGUAUUUGUAGAAAAGAAAAAUAAAAAACAAAAACAAAAGGUGAUUAGAAGGUAAAGAAUGGAGGAUGUUAUUAUAGUGGGAGCAGGAAUAGCGGGGUUAGGCGUAGCGGUGGCACUGAAGAGAGUAGGGGUUAAGGCAUUGGUGUUGGAGAGAGCUGAUGAGCUUAGAACCACAGGCGCAGCCUUGACCCUCUCUCAAAACGCUUGGCGUGCCCUUGAUGCUCUCGGCAUUUCUCAAAAGUUGACCUCUGUUUACGCCCCCUUAGAGAGGAUAUACGUAACCAAUGUGAGUACUGGAGCAAUUCAAAUGAUCCCUUUAAUGACGAGCAAUAGACCUAUAACACUACACAGGAAAGCCUUGCUCAAGGCUCUCGCAGAGGAACUCCCAACCGAUUCUAUUCGCUUCAAUUGUAAGAUCACUGCUAUUGAAACCCAAGAACAUGAAGGCUCAUCUAUCGUUGUUGUCCACUUAGAAGAUGAAACUGUCAUCAAAGCAAAGGUUCUGAUAGGCUGUGAUGGGGUGCACUCAAUGGUGGCAAGGUGUUUGGGACUCGCUGAACCGACAUAUUCUGGUCGAUCUGCGGUUCGUGGAUUGGCUGUGUAUCCUCAAGGCCAUGGACUAAAGAAAGAAGUUCAACAGUUUGUUGGUGAUGGAAAAAGAGCUGGUUUUGUUCCCAUUAGUGAUAAAGAGAUUUAUUGGUUUUUAACUUAUAGUGUGUCUCCACAAGAAGGGACAAAGCUGAGAGGAGACCCUGAAGCAAUACAGAGAGAAGUACUGGAGAAUUAUGCCAAGGAUUUCCCUGAACCAUAUCUAGAUGUGGUAAAGCAUGUCGACCUUUCAACAAUUUCAUGGGCACCAUUAGUUUUGAGGAAACCAUGGAGUGUUGCAUUUGGAAACUUAAGCAAACUAAACAUUACGGUGGCUGGGGAUGCCAUGCACCCUACGACACCGGACCUAGCACAGGGCGGUUGCUUGGCACUUGAGGAUGCUGUGGUGUUGGGCAGGCACGUUGGGGCAUAUGUCGCACGAAAUGAAGGAGCUGUCCCAAGAGACAUAGCUAAAGCACUAUCUGAUUAUGUAGAGGAAAGAAGGUGGCGAGCCACUUGGGUUAUCGCUGGCUCUUUCUUAUCUGGGUGGAUUCAAAAUGGUGGUUCUAUGUGGGGGUUGAAGUUCAUUAGGGACGCCAUUUUUUACACAUUCAUUUUCCCAAAGCUUGUUAAUGUUGCAAAUUAUGAUUGUGGAAAACUUGCCUAGUUUUCUAUAUGUAGGUUAGUAGUUUUUUAAGUUAUAAUACUAUCAAGAUAAUCAAACUUGGGGAAAAGAAAUUCUUUAUUGAUAUUUAUCAUCUAUGUUAUCAAUGUUGGGAUUUUGUGUUAAAUAAAACUUAAAUUCAAUUUAA